CAUCCGCCCAAUCGUUGCCCGCCGCCCAGACAGCGGAGAACAGGUCUUCUUUAUCAUACUUUCGAGUACACAGUACAAGUAAGGUUACAUGUAAGCCUUAUCAAGAUCGUCGCAGGGUCAUGGUGUAACAGUACCCCGCUGGAAGCUUUCUCACGCUGCAAAAUUCUUGCCUUGGAGAGCCGCGGGCAAGUGCGAUAAGACGUGAGGAUGCGACGAAUUUCUCAUGUCUUCUGAAGUCUUGUUCCUUCUCUCCAGUUCAUCACAUCUAGAACAUUGAUCAAGGUCAAGUCAGUCUUUAAAGGAGAGUAAGGAUUCGAUCAAGAUGGUGUCGUGGAAGAGCUUUGGUCGCCCGGCGGUGCUGCAGAAGCACGAGAGAACGCCUGCUGAGAAGAGUCUCGUGCUCAGGCUAGAUAUCUUUUUGAUGACUUUCGGAUGCAUAUCUCAAAUUAUCAAAUAUCUCGACCAGCAAAACAUCAGCAAUGCUUACGUAUCUGGCAUGAAAGAAGAUCUGAAGCUAUACGGCAAUGAACUGAAUUACUUCACCACCUGGUUUAAUGUUGCUUACUGUAUCUUCCUGAUCCCAUCUCAAAUCAUCCUUACCUAUGUCCGACCAAGUAUUUGGCUACCCGGACUAGAGAUCUUGUGGGGUAUGAUGACUGGUCUGAUCGCGACUACUCAAAAUGCAAAGCAAGUCUAUGUUCUUCGAGCAUUUCUGGGUAUGUGUGAAAGCAGUGCUUGGCCGGGUAUGAUGACAUUGUUCAUGCACUGGUAUACGCCGACUGAAUUGGCGAAACGUAUGGGCUUCUACCAUUCAUGCCAAGCUGUUGGAGGCAUGAUGUCUGGUGCUCUUCAAGUUGCUAUCACCAACACUCUCGAUGGUUCACAUGGACUUGCUGGAUGGCGUUGGUUGUUUGUGAUCAAUGCCAUCAUCACAGUGAUCUGGGGCUUUCUCGGCUUCUUCAUGAUCCCCGAUCUACCUAAUCGUCCCAACCCAAGAUCCUUCUGGUUCACGAAAGCACACGCUAGUAUGGCCAUGGAGAGGCUUGAGCGACACAACCGUGCAGAGCCAAAGAAGAUGACUUGGGCAGGUGCUAAACGUGCAUUCUCUGGUUGGGUUAUGUACUUCAUCGCCGUGCUGUACAUCGCAACGGUAUUAGCCUCAUAUGGAUAUGCUUACUUUAAUCUCUUUCUGAAGAGUUUGAAGAAUGCUGAUGGAACACGAACUUGGACGACUUCUCAGGUCAACGCUAUUCCGAUUGGUGGAGGAGCAAUUCAAGUUGUCUGUGGUAUGUCUCCGAAACCUUCAGACAUUUUAGAAGCUAACUUCAGAUGUAGUCUGGACUUGGGCACUUCUUUCGGAUUUCUUCGGCACACGAUGGACACUUAUCGUUGCUCAAGCGGUCAUCGGAUGAUUCCUACUAUCAUCAUGAGUAUCUGGACACGGCAUCCAGCUUCCGUGGCCCUGUCGGCUGUCUAUGCCAGCUAUUUUAUUUCCUAUAUUUGCUUAGGAACAGCCCCUCUGAUUAUGUCUUGGUUGUCUGACAUCAUACCACAAGACCCAGAGGCUCGGUCGCUUAUUGUCGGAGUGACCAUUGCUGGAUACUACGCAAUUGCAGCAUGGUCGCAAGUCUUAGUAUGGCCAGCUGUUCAAGCACCUUAUUAUAAAUACGGUUGGCAAUCAGCUCUUGCCCUUUGGUUUGUUGUUAUUAUUAUGACUUGCAUCUUGCGCUACAUUGACGUCCGUUACAUGCUACCGAAACGACUUGCUUUCGCAAGAGAGAUCCACGAGGAAGUGGUGAGUGAGGAUGGAGGAGAGAUAGUUGCUGGCGAAUCUGAUGAUCCGGACUCGAAGACCGGGAGGGAUAUCCAUACACAAGUCAUCGCUGCAACUGCAAGCUGAAUGAAAGCUUUGCAUGAGAGAUGAUCAGGGACAAUAAUCGGAGUAAAGAUAGACCACAUUAGAAAGAGGCAUGCAAGGAUGAAAUAGGCGAAAACUCAGGAGAGCGAGCGACGCCAAGAGCAUAACAAGUUAAAAACAAGCAAAAGCUUACCAACCCUUAAGAAAAUUCCUGUAUGACGCAAAUCAGAUUCUUCUCAAC